AGCGGGCGGUGACCUGGGGGCAAGCUCCAGGCAUGGCCCCCCGAGAGCGGUUCCGGGUGCCCGGAGAUCCCAGUGCUCGGUGAACCUUGGUCCGGCCGGCUCCUGGGCUCAAAAGGACUGCGAGUACCACGGAACCUCAGCUGUGAGCCGCAGUAAGGGACUGAAGCAGGACGACCGCACAGGGCCACCUGUCUGCCAACACGCGACAGAGAAGCAGCGGGACACAGGGCGCCGCCUGCGGGAGUGGAGGCACAGUCGGGCUCCGGCCGCAGCCACAACGUUGGCUUGUCACCGUCGUCUUCGCUUCGUUCCCCACCCCUCGUCAUGUCCGAGGAGCUCUCAGCGGCCACGUCCUACACCGAAGACGAUUUCUACUGCCCCGUGUGUCAGGAAGUGUUCAAGACGCCGGUGCGAACCGCGGCCUGUCAGCACGUUUUUUGUAGAAAAUGUUUCCUGACUGCAAUGAGAGAAAGCGGAAUACAUUGUCCCUUAUGUCGUGGAAAUGUGACUAGAAGAGAAAGAGCAUGUCCGGAACGGGCCUUAGAUCUUGAAAAUAUCAUGAGGAAGUUUUCUGGUAGCUGCAGAUGCUGUGCAAAACAGAUUAAAUUCUAUCGCAUGAGACAUCAUUACAAAUCUUGUAAGAAGUAUCAGGAUGAAUAUGGUGUUUCUUCUGUCAUUCCAAACUUUCAGAUUUCUCAAGAUUCAGUAGGGAACAGUAAUAGGAGUGAAACGUCCACAUCUGAUAACACAGAAACUUACCAAGAGGAUACAAGUUCUUCCAGGCAUUCCACCUUUAAGUGUCCCUUAUGUCAAGAAUCAAAUUUUACCAGACAGCGUUUACUGGAUCACUGUAACAGUAAUCACUUAUUUGAGAUAGUGCCUGUGACAUGUCCUAUUUGUGUGUCUCUUCCUUGGGGAGAUCCUAGCCAGAUUACUAGAAAUUUUGUUAGCCAUCUAAAUCAAAGACAUCAAUUUGAUUAUGGAGAAUUUGUGAACCUUCAGCUAGAUGAGGAAACCCAGUAUCAGACUGCUGUUGAAGAAUCUUUUCAAGUAAACAUCUGAAGAAUGUAGACAUCUGCAUCUUGUACAUGCGAGUGCCAUCUUUAAGGGGAAAGCAACGUGACAUCACCAUUUCAGUAACUUGAUGUGCAUAUGAAUAAAAGUGAUUGUCCGCUUUCAUUUUUUAAUUGCAAAAUAAAGGUGAACCACCUUAAAACUUUAAAAAGUUAGGGUAGUAUUUUAAAAGCAUAAAAAGAAUUAUAUUUCACUUAGUGGUGAGAAGGUGAUAUCUAUUGUGCUUUAACUUUUUUAUAUUGCAUAUUGCAGUUUUUAUUACAUUGCUUUUGAAAUUUGGUGCACUACCUUCUCUUUCUUGUAAGUAGGUAUCACAGCAAAUUCUGAGGGAUGUGAUUCAUGUAAACCUGAUAAAUCUAAGCCAGUUGUCAGAGCUACAGAAUGGAAACUUGAAGGGCUCAAUGAAACAAGCCAAAGGAAGUUUUUAAAAUACAGAUUGUAGCUAAAGAAUUCAACUAUAAGAAAAUUGUAUUUACAUAAUGUUUAGUAUUUUUUGAAGUCUAGUGAGAUUUCUUUAAUAAUUUUAGACUUGAAAGCUCAUUGUAAACAUACUUCUUUUUUUGCUACUAGGUCAUGUUAAAAGAAAAAAAAAACUUCUUUGAUAGUAGUUGGUAAUUUCUGGUAAAUUAGUUGUUUGGCUAAUUUGUUACCCUAAAACAUACUAAGUUGUAUAAUCAUUCUUUGGCCUCAGAAUUUUUGUAGUCAAUGAUUCUCAUUAGCUGAUUUAAGAGUUGGUGACAUGUCACACUUCAGUGAGUUUUUAAAAAUUCAAAGUUGGAGAUAUAUAUGUAUACAUAUGUGCACACACACACAUACAUCUUUGCCUAUAGUUUGUCAGAUUACAUACCAAGUUUCUAUUAAAGAUUUUAAUAAUGGACAAACUAGGAUUGAAGUUUUUUGUUUUUGUUCUUUUUUUAAUGUAAAAACAAAGAGUGUUUAUUCUGCAGAAUCAGCCAGCAUAUGGGUGAAGUGUUUAUCUGGUUUAAAAUUGUGUGUGUGACUAAAAUUUUCAAAAAGUCAAAUGCUAAAUGAUAUAAUUGGGUACUAUUACACUUUAAAGUUACAUUUACAUACACAUUUAUUCAUGGUGCUCAUUUGUUACUGUCAAAAAUAAAUUCAUAACUGAUGUAGUGGAACAGAUUUUACCAGCUACUGCUUCACUACUGUUUAGUCCAAAUAAGUAUUCAGUCACAGAAAUUAGAAAAUAUUACUUAGAUGGGCCAAUUUAGAAUAAAAGAUAAAGAAUGAAUUUAUCAACAUUCCAUACUAUGUACAAUGCUAUACUUUCUAUAAAAUAACUAAGACAACUCAAAAUAUAAGUAGAUUGCUGCUAACAUGUACAUCUAUCUAUCUAUCUAUAUAUACAUACACAUAUUGUAUAGAAAGGUAUAUAUUGAUUUUCUUAAUAUCCUUUUCUACAGUGAACAUUUUUAACUUGAUUUAAUAAAAAUGUUAAUUUUGAAAGCAGUUUUGUACAAACAUUUUUCAGUUGACAGUAAGGACUAUUUAUAUUUAGUAAUACAUUUAAACACAAAAAGCCAUACAUCUUAAUGCCUGUGUUCUAUCAUUCUGAAGAGUGAUGCUUACCUCAUUCUUAAACAUUUUAUUUGCAACUACAUGCAUAAGUGUAAUUUUUGGAGUAUCUGUGUAUAAUUUUUUCAAAAAAGUUGCCCAUAGAUUUUUUUCAACUUAAAGCAAUAACUUCAGUAUUUUUCUUUCAAAAUUGAGUAUGUUCAAUAUGUCUAACCCUAACUUAAACUAUUCUAGGACUUGCAAACAUCCUUCUAGGAAAAGUGUAGUAGAGAUCAUCUUCAAAUUGUAUUUUGAAGUUUUGUGGAUAAGUUAAAUAUUAAUAAUCUUAUGUGUCUUUUUUUUCAUAAGGGUUUUAUCUGGGAACUUCUCAGCGUGGGAAUAAUUUUAAAAUUCCUGCUUUUGUUAGUGGAUGGGAAUAGGGAUAGAUUUUACAACUUAAUUCAUAAGGGACAGUCCCUAUUUUAAUAUCAACAGCUAAUCAGGAUAAAGGAGGGAAAGUUUGUGAGUAUGUAAAUGUUACAAUAUCAUUAUUUAGGAAAGCUAUUUCUCUUGAUAAAUUAGUUUGUUGUUAAAAAAAAUCUUAUUUAAGAUGUAUUGCUUUAUUUUUCAAUUAAAAGUGGUUUUCUCCUA